CCAUGCGACAGACUGCUUUUUUGUCAAUUCUGCGUGACGUCGCGGGAAUAUGCACCUGUGUAACCUAUAAUGUUUCGUAAUGUCAUUAUAUGUUGUCAUUCUGUCCUCCCACUCCCACUCAUUUACCGCACCGCCACGUCCGGAGGGUGUCGGGGCGCCACUUGUGACUGCGGCUCGGUCCGUAAGCCCUCGAGCCACGUCGUGUGCCGCCUCGUUGUUGCCAUCCUCCGCGAGGGUGUGAGCGGGUGUCCAGUUUCCAGACGUACGUGGCUGUCAAGAUGAAGUCCUACUCUUCGGUCGUCGCGUUGAUUGUUCUCCUGGCUGUUGUCAUGGACUUCAGCUCCGGCCUAUUGCCAAGUAAGCAGACUCCAUCUGAUGCCACUGCUGAGAGCUACUGGUAUUUGUUGGAUUCACCAGACGUGUCUCCACGCACGGUUGUUUCAAGGGGAAAGGCCAAAAGGGAGACGUCGACCUUGCCACAAGUGCAGCGAUUACUGCACAAUGAGCUGCCUCCUGAGUAUUAGCGAACCACAACAUGGCACCUACUGCGCCUGCCGGGGCUCUUACGACACCUGUUGCACCGCGAUGUGCUUGUUUACUGCGCAUCAUUUGCACUACCUUCUGUUAGUGCUUUCUGCUCAAACAAAAAGGGAAUAAAUGUGCACUAUGCUUCAUAGCAGCAUAUCGACAGUGAUAUGUAUAAGAUCCCCCCUUUUUUUGACGC